UCUACAUGUUUGAUCGUGGAUGCUCCAUGUGUCAUUGCAACAGAUAUAGUGAUGUCCACGUAAGCAAAACAAGCGUGGAGUGGUCCACACUUGCACGCAUUGUGUUAUACUCCACACCUGGAAGCCUUGUUGAUAUGCAAAAUAACAGAUUAUGCAACGUAUUACUAAAGCAAUCAGUAAACAGUGGCACAGCAUGUGCACAUUAGUGUGGCUGUCAUAUAGUCUGUCAUUGGUGCUAUGCUGCUUAUAUGAAAGCUACCCAAUGAUGGUGGUUUUUAUUUCAGUGUUGACAAUGGCAGAAACCUUGCCAUGUGCAAUUGCAAGCAACGACUCUCGUCCUGAGGCUUUUCCAUUCAGUCAUGUGGUGCUGUUGCAACUCAACUUGAUGUAAAACUUUGCUGGAGCUAAAAAUCACGCACUGUACAUUUAGCCUAUUUGCACACUGCUGCAGUUCCUGUUCUGAUUAGUGACACCUCACUGUUCUAACAAAAGUGGUAUACCAUCCAAUCUCUGUUUUACAGUCAACGAAGCUAGCCGGUGCCUUGCGGCAUUCAAGUAGAGCCCAUCUUCAUUUCCCUCAGUUCUCGCCAGCAGAUGGUCUCCAUUGCAAAAGUGAAAGAUGAAAAAGACCUUUUGGCAUUGACAGGAGUGUUGAGCUUUAGGCUUUUUUACAAUCUGUCAGAUAUGCUUACAGAUGUGCGCCUCAAACAGUCAACCAGAGGCUUCUGUCUGAGCAACGAGGAUGCAACUCUGCUUACCUUCAUGAGGCUGUAUCAGGAUAUAUCGUUUUCUGUGCUUGGAGUACUAUUCGAUGUGCAUCGCACAACAGCAGCCAAUAUAUGCAAGGAGUGCAUUGACAUUCUGGCAGUAAUACUUGGAAAGGCUGUUUUUUGGCCUAGUAGGAAUGCAGUCAAGAACUGCAUGACAAAGUACUUUGCAAAGUAUCCUAGCACGCGAGCCGUACUGGACUGCACUGAAAUCAAAAUCGAAAGACCGUCUGAUUUGCAAUCACGGAUUUUAACCUAUAGCCAUUACAAGCACACAUAUACUGCAAAGGUUCUCGUUUGUGAAACCCCAGGAGGGCUCAUCAGCUAUGUAAGCGAAGCAUAUGGAGGGAGGACGUCAGACACUCAUAUUGUCAAAGAGAGUAAGGUCCUCGACAAGUGCGAGCGAAAUGAUGCUGUCAUGGUUGACAAGGGGUUCCUGAUUGAAUCACUUUGCAACGAAAAAGGAAUUGAAAUGAUACAGCCACCAUUCUUGAAAGGUCAGAACCAGCUUACACAACAGGAGGGAAGAAAAAAUCAGUCAAUUGCACAGGCUCGAGUACAUGUCGAAAGGGCCAUCCACAGGAUGAAACUUUUCAAGAUACUCCAGAAUAGAAUACCGCUGGAGCUCUUCCCAUACAUUGAUGCUAUAAUCACCAUCACUGCAGGCAUUGCAAACUUAUCAAAGCCACUGUUCAGUGCAGACAAGUUUCUGGAUAAGAGCACCACACAAGAAAACAUCUAGAAGCAUGUACCCCCUCUGGCGAUAACAAGUUUUUAAUGAUGAAAGAUGAAAGUCACUGAAAAGGUUAGCCAGCUGUAGGACUCGAACCCACAUCUUCUGGAUUGCCGGUCCAGGGCUCUACCAAUUGAGCUAAGCUAACACACCUCCCCAGCGACUUCCAAGGGUGCGUCACCUGAAGGGACAAACCAGCCACUCUCUCUCACUCAUCCUCCUUUCACUCUUACAUUUUUUCUCACUCAUACACACAUUCAUACGACGGGAUCGACGCAGGCGGCAACUGUU